AUGUUUGCAGCUGAGGAAAGGCAUGUGCGAGUGACACCAAUGGAAGAGGAGAGAGGUGGUUACUAUGGUAGAGAAAGAGGAAGAGAAGCUGAGGCUGGUUACUAUGGAACAAGAGAAAGAGCAAGAUCAUCGGAAGCAGAAGGAUUUUACGGUACUAGAGAAAGAGCUAGGUCAUCUGAUGCAGAAUCUGGAUUCUACGGAUCAAGAGAAAGAGCUCGUAUCACUGAGGAGGAAGAAUCAAGAGCUGCACAACUUCGCGAAAGUUCCGCUGCUCCCGACAGAUCCAGCUAUAGAAAUUACGCCUAUCAACGAGAUGUUGGAGGUGUCGCACCCGUCGAAGGCUUCGACGAAGUAGAGACCAGGUUCUAUCAUUUAUAUAACAUAUUAGCUUUAUUCUUAACAAAAUACCUAGCGUAGUU